AACAAUCAGGAGUAUUGUAAACCAACCGUCUUCACCAUGAAGUUCAUCAUCGCAGUUCUGGCUCUGGCUCUGGCCGUCGCAGUCAACGGAUCCUACAUUCCAAGUGUGGUGUCCUACUCAGCGGCUGUUCCAGCCGUCACCAGCUCGGUUUGGCCAGCCUACGGAGGUCUGUACGGAAAGUCCGCUGUUGUGGGAGGUUAUGCCGGCUACCCGGGAACCUACGGAAGCUGGCCAGUGUACGGAAAGACCUGGGGAUACCAGGCGGCGCCGGUUGUGACCAAGGUAGUCGAUAAUGGAGUGUGGAACUAUGGUGGUUACGGAUACAACAAGUACUGGCUGUAAAUCUUCUGUUCUUAUGAUUGUAAUAAAAGUAUACAAAAGCAUUUGAAUACUAAUAAUAUUUGUUUAACAUGUAUCAAUAGACCCCUAAAACCCUAUGAUAAGUUUUAUGUGUUUAAAGCGGUAAAAAAACACGCUUAGUCAUUUCAUAACAUAGCGACUAAUCGGACUAUAGUGAACGGAUUUGGACACUUCAAGUUGCAAAAAAGAGAUAUUUUUAUCCUCUGUUUGACUAUCGGAAAACGAGGGGCCAAACUGGUUCUGUACCGCUCCGGAUUAUCUGACAGUUUUGUUCCGAAAUUAUUUUUUUCAACAAAAAAAGCAAUAAAAUAUGUGUAAACAAUUAGUUUUUAACGUUAUUUUAUGAAAUAUUAUGUAGAAAUUAUGGUGUGAAAUACUCAUGUUUUGUAAAGUUUAACAUGCCUAAAUAAGUAGGGGAAUGACAAACUAUCAAUAUUAACUCAAAUGCCUUAAUAAUAAUAAAUAAGUUUGAUACUUUGUAGAUUAA